AUGGUCACCCUGGAACAUUCCUGCACGCUAUUGCGCAAUGCUGUGGUCGCUCUUAUUUUCCUCUCCAAUUCCUUGUCGUCAGCCCAACGCACCCCCAGGGAGAAUUUGGUGCUCGCAGACUGCGGCAUUGGCCUUGGACCAAACGGGGGCUCGACUUCACGCGAGAUACUGUAUUAUCCAGCUGACGUCUGGACUGGUCAGAAGCUAGAUACCUAUAAGCCUUCUAUGGUCGUUAACGUCCCCUGGAGCGGUUCGUAUCCAUGGGGUCAGCCAGGCGGUGUUAGUGCGACGAUGCCGAAUGGCGACGUACUCACCAUACAUAUCAAUCCCAGCAUCAGAGACCCUGAGCCCGCCGGAGACGCUUGGCACAAGUUCGAAAUGGACAUUCCCCUAAAAUGCUACUCGUAUCACUGGGAUAAGGUGUAUCAGCUCACUGACGGCAAGUGGUGUUCGAGUGCGUACGUCUGCAACCACCUUGGUAAACCAUACCUCGACCCCCAGGACGGCAAUUCUUACGGAGACUGGGUGGACCCUGCGAAGGCUCAUUGCAGCGAUCCGCUGAUGGCUGAUCGCAGUGCGGAUGCCAUGGCUCGCUGGAAGGCUUCCGGCGCCAACUGGGCAUUUGCAACAGCAACACUCGACUGGGCAGCCGCCAAUUCAUCGGCCAAUGACCACCCAACAUCUUUAACGUUCAGUAAUUAUGUAGCCGAUCGCCUGGGUGCCAGAGAAAUGUUCGAAUGUGCCGACGUUGACAGCAAGUUCUGCACUACGCCAAUCGAGUGUGAUAGAGUGCAUCAACCGGCAGGUAUGCUCAUCUUGAACUCCUUCAUCGCCUUGAAUGCUAUGCAGAGCCAGAUUCACGCCGGACUUGAAGAUGCAAUGAAUAUUAUGCAGAACUUCGUCGGAGACUUCCAAGAUAUCUUUUCUCCAGGUCGAGAACCGCCAAAGAAAACGUGGCUGUCCAACCUGGUUGAUACCCUACAGCUUGUGGCAGGGGUGGCCUCCGGGUUCAGCUGGAAUAUCGCCGCCAGCGGUACAAAGUUGUUCACCCAGAAAGAUCGCUGGGGCUUCUACAAAGACAGCGUAAAUUCAGCUGUUGGGUAUGGAUUCCAGAUGUACCGUCACCACCAGCCAACGCCUGCAGACGUUCAAAAUGGUCUAUCAUCUGCAAUGGGCACGGUAUUCAGAUCAUUGAUCGACGCUCAAUCAGAAUUCCUCGAGAAGCUGUUCUCUGGAACGGGUGAAAGCAUCGGCCUUCUUCAGAAACUGACCAAGAAUGGACUGGCCCUGCAGCUCGCAGAGAAAAUCAACAAGGCCAAAUAUUCAGCCGAGGCUCAAAAACUUGUCUAUGCUCAGCUUUUGCCACUCGCCUGGAAGCAUUCCACGACCGAGAUCAAGGGCGUACCUCAUGCCAUCCGCCCCAUGAUAUUAAUGUCUCCUGGUUGUAUUAAAUCGGGACCGAACCUCAACUGGGUGGUUGAUUCCAACAAAUCAGAGAGAAUGGCAGUCUGCUACAAGGGCCAUACGUUCUUCGUCGGCUUUCCUACCUUCAAAGAGGUCGAACACGGAACACCGCAUGGCCUCAAGCUCUGGGCUCUGCCAGGUGGUGAACAUAGCAUCCUGAAUGGUACCAGCCAAGCAUGGGGCGGUCUAACCUUGGAUGAUUUGGUAAUCAGCGCCUUCGAAGGAUAUCGGCGCAAUAACUACAAAAAUGGGUUUGAUGCCAGUAAAGAUGAUGGAAGCACGGCGCCGGGGGAUAUUAUCAUGGGGAAUGGUGUCCUCACGCCUGGUUUUGUGAAAUUGCCAAUCUGUACCGUGGAGAAACUUUGGGAAGAGACGAAGAUCUUGUAUCAUGUCAGCUCUGACUUGGACCACAAUACGUUUCCCUGUGGAAAUGGCAAUCUGACUGCGACGGAAAUGGCUCAGUUCGGCUUUUCAUGA